UAAAGUUCUAAUGCUCAAGGUUUUUUAAAAAUGUUCGGAAUAAGCGUCGAUUCUCGAAAAGCUUAUACUGAUGAAAUGUAAGUUCAGUUAAAAACGAAAAUGACACAACCAAUCGAUGGCAAAUCUCAAGUAAAAGAAGACCAUAAACAAUCUUUCAGUGACGUUUAUGACGAAUUUUCUCGGUUUUUAAACGACGAAAUGUUUAUUGAUAGAGAAAAUUUCAACAAAACAGAUUUUACAUCUAAUAAUUUAUUAGAAAACAAAAAAGAUAAAAUGCAUGAAGCAAAGACUUCUAAAACAUGUUUUGAAGACUUCAACAAACUUAAUUCAUGCCCAAAUAAUGUAGAAGAUAAACGUUUUUCGUGCACAAGUGAUGCAGAGGACGGAGAUAGUGGUUUUCGUGAUAUAACGGAAGAAGAUUCUGGCUCUGAAAUUUUAAGAAACGUUUUUGACACAGAAGACGAUACCACAAGUUUUAAAAGGUUUGUAUGUGAUUUUUCAGAUAACGAAGAAAAUGACAACGAAGAAACGUUAACGUUUAAAAUGCCAGCUGAUACUCCUAAGUCUAACCAUCUUUAUGAUAAAAACGGACGCACAGAGACAAUGAAUAUAAACUUACUACGUUCUACCAUUAUUGAGUUAGAACGUGCUUUAUCCGACAGUAAUAGUUUGCUUGAAAAACGCGAUGAAGAAAUAAAUAAUUUGCGUGCUCAAAACGCUUGUUUAAACAGUAAGUUGCACAACGAAUCAAAGAAUAACAAACAACUCAAACGAGAUAACGUGGCUUUAAUUAAAGAAAAAGACGAAAAAAUUAAUCAGUUAAAAAGUGAAAUUGCUCUGGUUGACAAAAAAAAUAUUAGCCAAAUAAAUUUUGACGAGUCAGCAAAUAAAAAUUUUAGUUCUUCAAAUAAUUCUAAAAGUGACGUAGAAUCUGAAAAAAGUUUGUCUUGUUGUUUUCGGACUCAGAACACUUCUCAAUAUGUUACUAAAGAUCUAUCAACUGAGAAUAAAAACAAUAGUUCUUCCUUGAAAUGUAAAAAUAAUUCUGAAAACUUAUUAUGCUCUGAUAAAAAUGCGUGCUUUGAAAAGCCAAAGAUUUCUUCAAAAAAACCUUCUAAAAUAGAACUUCAAGCACAACUACGUAUGAAUUUUAUGAGAGAUGCUUUUUUCUACUAUAUGAUAGGUUUCCAUUCCGACGAGCAAUUAAAUGCAAUUCUAGCAAUUUUAGACUACGGAGAUAAACGGAGAGAUUUUAUAUUGGAGGCGCAUAAAAUGAAAAAGCUUGGUAAAAAACUAAACGCAACAAACGUUUCAACAAGAUUGCUAACUUUUGUUCAAGAAGAAGCCACCUAAAUAAAAAAAUAAUAAUAAUUGAUUAGACCUUUACUCCACAAAAAUUCUAGAAUAAAACAAUUCAAUAUUACCACGAAACUUUUGUACUUUUAAAAUAAUAAUAAUAAGUCAAAUAAAACGAAUAUAAAAAUACAAUAACUUUUAUUGUAUCUUUUUUUAACAAGAAAAAAGUAGCUGCAAAAGAAGCAGUUGUUGUAUUAAACAUAAGAGAAAUGCAGAGAUAAAAUAACAACUUUAAACAUUUUUCAAUAGAGCACCAUCUUAUGGUAUGAUAGACCAUCUAAUGGUGUUUAUAGCUUACUAGUAGACAUGGAACAAACUUAAAAG